AUGGCGAGGCUCUUGGAGCGUUGCUUCUCCUUUCGCGAGACUGACAAGGCCUGGCACGGCGGCUGCUUGGCCCUGGCAGAGCUCACGCGCCGCGGCUUGCUGCUGCCGGAACGUCUCAGCACUGUGAUGCCCCUGGUGUGUCAAGCCCUGCACUUCGAGCAGGUCUCAGGGAAUUUCACCUCAGGACAGCAUGUGCGGGAUGCAGCUUGCUAUGUUUGCUGGGCCUUUGCGCGUGCGUAUGCACCAGAUGUGCUGCAGCCCUAUGUGGUGAACUUGGCAUCUGCUUUGAUCCAGGCAUCCGUGAUCAUGCCAGGAAGGGCAUGGCAUUGGGAUGGGCGUGACAGGGGGUCCUUCAACAACCUUGUCAACCUUAUUGAGAUUGAGAAGGUGGCGGUCUUUGACCGUGAGAUCAACUGCCGACGCGCCGCGGCCGCUGCAGUACAGGAGAACGUUGGACGUCAAGGAACGUUUCCAGAUGGCAUCGAGGUGGUGACUAUUGCUGACUACUGGACUCUCUCCGGCCGACGUCAGGCUUACUUAGAGGUGGCGCCAAAGAUUGCGAUGCUGGGCAACGGUGGAUAUCGAAAGGCCCUCAUGGAACACCUGGUGGACAGGAAAUUGUCGCAUCAAGAGCCUUGGCGGAAGGCACAAGCUCUCGCGAAGUUGGCACAAGACCCGUCGGAGGAGACCUUGGACUUUUUGAACUCCACGGUGUUGCCACGGCUCUUGGCCCGGGCCAACGAUGCCACCAACGGCACCAGCAACGGCACCAGCAACGGCACCAGCGGCGCCCACUGCGUGGCCGGGGCGCCCCCCACUGGGACUGUGCAAGCGCGGCAUGGAGCAGUGGAGGGCGCAGCAGCUUUAACGGAGGUCAUGAAGGACAAAGUAUCAGCGGAGAACCAGACUCAGAUCCGGAACCUGGUUCCAGCGCUGGAGAAGGCGCGUGCCUAUCGCGGCCGUGGCGGGGAGGUGAUCCGUCAGGCGGCGUGUCGAUUGCUUGGACGAAUCGCUGAUACAAACUGGACAUUCAAAGAAGCCACGGCUACAAGGUAUUUGCAGACUCUGGAUGAAUGUGCACGACACACCACCGAGUCGAUCCAGGUCGCAGCAGCGGAAGCGUUAAAAGUGCUGGCAGAGAAGAGGUUCAAGGAGGAACUGGUGCUGAAAUGCGCGGAGAAUUAUUUGCAAGGCCUCCAGAAGCCGGACGAGACCAUUGCGGCGCGGCGCGGCUACACCCUGUGCCUGGGCGCUUUGGGCGUCCAGCUGCGCCAGGUGCGCUGCCAGGUGCUGCAAGUCUUGCGACGUGAGGCGCUCGGAGAAGGUCUGCCUGGUGGAAAGGAUCAAGAAGAUCCCACCACACGGCAGUACGCCGUUCUUUCGUUGGGUCGCUUGUGCAUUGGAUCGGAGCUCAGCGAUUUCGACGUUUCCGUUUUCCUCACCGCCUUGGAAGGUGCGAUGAGGGAUUACGCCACAGAUCGCCGGGGAGAUGUCGGCUCUUGGGUACGAGAGGUCGCCAUGGAGGUGUCAGCGGCGCUGCUGCAACAACAGCGCGCAGCAGGGCUUCCCCGAUUGGCAAAUGCAGAAAGCAGCACCAAGUUGAUGGCGCAACUUCUGCAGCAAGGCGUUGAAAAGAUUGAUCGCCUAAGGGAACGUGCAUACGGCCUCCUGCGCAUGCUGUGCAACGGGCAGAUUGAUGGCAUCAGACAUGCUUACCAAAGAGUGUUGCAUGGAGAGGCCUACGACGCGGUGAGCCUAGCAGAUUCCUUGCCAGUGGAGGCGUCGUCAUCGUCAUCCAGCUGGCCACCCAGCGAGAUUGAGACGAUCUCUGGGUGCCUUGCGAAAAGUCGGGAGACGACCCUGAUUGCCGAACCAACGAAAGCUGAACUUCAAGCAGCUCACGACGCGGCCGUCUUUGAUGCACUGACACCAUUGAUUGCAACGCCAACAUACCGGCCUGCACUUCUGAAGGGGAUCGUUGUGUCGGUGGGUGGCAUUACAGAGCACACCGCCAAAGAUGCAAAAAGAGCCUUGCUCCGGCAGUUGAACACCGACGCCGCUCGCAGCGAGGUUUGCAGCGAGUUGAUGCAUCUUUUUGACACCACCAGCCUUAAAGAUUCGGACCCGGAAGCCAAACGCUUCAUGGCUCCCUUGCUGAACACAGUUGGCAUCCUCUUG